UUUGAUUUUGACAUUAUUGCAAACAUGAAAGAAAAGAGGGUCUAGUAUGAAAUUAAUAUACAAUUUGGGUGCCAUAAAUAGUUUUCUCCUUUUUUAAUAAUUUCACAUAGUAAAGAAUCAUUGAAAUUUUUAUGAAAAAAGAACGACGGUCUUCAAAAACAGAUAAUUACAAUGUUGGAAAUAAUUAAUGGAUUUUUGCUCACAUAUUUUGUCACACUUUGUACCCUCAGCACACUCAUUCCAGUUUUGGUUAAGCCUAUUGCGGCAUGUUUUGUUAGACCGUCAAAAGACGAAAGACGUUUAUUAUCAGAAAUCGUCAAAUUAAAAUCCGAUCAGGUGAAGAUAUCAAUGAAAGAUGAAUUUGCAGCUUAUUCCAAGUUACAGCGUAAAUUAAACAAGCUUGAAACAGAAUUAAAGGACAGUUCUCAAGUACGCUUAAGCAGAAGUUUGGCUAUAAAAGGUUCAAUAAAUAUCUUCUUACAAGUAGUGAUAGCAGUUGUCAUUGUAAUAUCCGUUAUUUGGUUCAGACGCGAGCCGAUUGUGGCUCUUAGAGGGGACCUGUUUCCGCUUAGCACUAUAUUGAGUUAUCCAAGUGAUGUGCCAAAUGCUAUUUCUACUCAUGUCUGGUUUGUUAUAUCAAAGGUUUCUGUUGGAUCGUUAUUAAAACCAAUUGUUAAUUAAGAAAAUAAUAAAAAUUAUAAAAUAUA